GCAUCGAUUAGAGCACGAGGAGGAGUAGUGAUUAAUGUGGCUUCAAGUGGAAUAGCUGCAACUUUACUACCUUCAGGCAGAACUGCACAUUCAAGAUUUGCAAUUCCAAUUGAUAUUAAUGAAGAUUCCAUGUGCAACAUAUCCCAAAGUUCACCAUUGAGUGAGCUUAUCAGGUGUGCCAAAUUGAUUAUUUGGGAUGAAGCCCCAAUGGUGAAACGAUUUUGUGCAAAAGCUAUUGAUAGGACAUUCAGAGAUAUAAUGAAGUGUAAUCGUCCCUUUGGAGGCAAAUGCAUUGUCAUGAGAGGAGAUUUCAGAAAAAUAUUGCCUGUCAUCCCAAAAGGUAGUCGUGCAGAUGUUGUCAACUCAACCAUAAACUCUUCUUAUCUAUGGAGUCAUUGCAAGUUAUUCCAACUUACCAAGAAUAUGCAAUUAUCUUCGAGUUCAUCCACAGAUAAUUCAAAAUUGAAAUUAUUUUCUGACUGGCUUUUGGAUAUUGGUGAUGGUCGCAUUGGUUUACCUCAUGAUGGAAUGGAAGAGAUAGAAGUCCCUGAUGAUUUUUUAAUUAUGGACUAUCAUGAUCCUCUACAGUCGAUUGUCGAAGCCACAUAUCCUGAUCUUUUACAUCAUUUAGCUGAUUCCGAAUAUCUCACUAAUAGGGCCAUUUUGACACCGACAGUUGAAGUGGUUGACCAAAUUAAUGACUAUAUGUGCUCCUUACUGCCUGGCGAGCCUAUUGAAUAUUUUAGCUCUGAUUCUGUGAGUAUAGCUGAUCAAGGUUGUGCAUCAUUUCAAGAAUUGUAUACUACUGAAUUCUUGAACACAAUAAAAUGCUCUGGCUUGCCUCCGCAUAGACUUGCAGUGAAAGUUGGAGUUCCCAUAAUGCUGGUGAGAAACAUAGAUCAAGCUGCAGGACUCUGUAAUGGCACAAGACUAAAGAUCACAUUUCUUGGUAAACACUUUAUUAAAGCAAUAGCUCUUAAUGGUACAAGCAUAGGUCAAGAAGUUUUGAUCCAUCGAAUGGAUAUGAACCCUUCAAAAUCUAGACUACCAUUCACGAUGACAAGAAGGCAGUUUCCUAUCAUAUUAUCAUUUGCCAUGACGAUCAACAAAAGUCAGGGACAAUCAAUGACUAAUGUUGGCUUAUACCUACGCAGACCUAUCUUCACACAUGGUCAAUUAUAUGUUGCGCUGUCAAGGGUUAAGUCUAUGGAUGGCAUCAAGAUUUUAAUUCUUGAUUCAGAUAAAAACCCAACAAACAGAGAAAUAUUUUAA